GAGGCAGCUCGCUCCACUCGGCACUCGGCUCCGCUCCUCUGCGGUUCCGCGCUCACCUCCUGCCCCGGGGCCACGGCUGGGCCCCCGACCCCGGCCCCUGCCCGCCCACUGCAGCCCGACCUGACCCACCAGGCCCCCAACCCCAGCAGCGCGCUCAGACAGGAGGGGGCGCCGUGUGAGCGCCCCGUUCCGGCCCCCCGGCGCCCCCUCCCACAGCCCCGGCGGGAAGGGAACGGGGCGCGGGGGGCCAUGCGGGGCCAGGGCCGCAAGGAGAGUUUGUCCGAUUCCCGAGACCUGGACGGGUCCUACGACCAGCUCACGGGCCACCCUCCAGGGCCCACUAAAAAAGCGCUGAAGCAGCGGUUCCUCAAGCUGCUGCCUUGCUGCGGGCCCCAAGCCCUGCCCUCAGUCAGUGAAAUGGGUCGGGCCUGGUCCUCGGCUUGCUUUCUCGGUGACAGUUCCCUCCCUUCAGCAUUAGCCGCCCCAGCCUCCCUCCGCCCCCACAGACCCCGCCCGCUGGACCCAGAUAGCGUGGAGGAUGAGUUUGAACUGUCUACCGUGUGUCACCGGCCAGAGGGGCUGGAGCAGCUUCAAGAGCAAACCAAGUUCACACGCAAGGAGUUGCAGGUUCUGUACAGGGGCUUCAAGAACGAGUGUCCCAGCGGAAUUGUCAACGAGGAAAACUUCAAGCAAAUUUACUCCCAGUUCUUUCCUCAAGGAGACUCCAGCACUUAUGCCACUUUUCUCUUCAAUGCCUUUGACACUGACCAUGAUGGCUCUGUCAGUUUUGAGGAUUUUGUGGCUGGUUUGUCGGUGAUUCUUCGGGGAACCACAGAUGACAGGCUGAACUGGGCCUUUAACCUGUAUGACCUCAACAAGGAUGGCUGCAUCACCAAGGAGGAAAUGCUGGACAUCAUGAAGUCCAUCUAUGACAUGAUGGGCAAAUACACGUACCCUGUGCUCCGGGAGGAGGCGCCAAGGGAACAUGUGGAGAGCUUUUUCCAGAAGAUGGACAGAAACAAGGAUGGUGUAGUGACCAUUGAGGAAUUCAUUGAGUCUUGUCAAAAGGACGAGAACAUCAUGAGGUCCAUGCAGCUCUUUGACAAUGUCAUCUAGGUCCCCAGGAGAGAGGAUCGGUUGUCCUGGGGGGAUCAUACUCUAGCCCUAGUCCAGGUAGAGCUCACCCUUCUCUUCCCAGGCCUGUUAUCAUUCUAGCUCCACCGUGAGGGCUGCAGAGAUCCAAGAGUUUGGGGCUAUCGUGGCCCAAGUCAUUGGAGCUGAAGGACAAGGGGGUGGGCAAGUACAUCUUGUGAGUGUUCCCAAUUUCCAUCAGUUCCCACCCCCUCUCUGCCAAACAUUCAGUUAUGACGGGGGCCCUG